GCAUGCGCACAAGUGUAAGCAUGCGCGUGCGUGUGCCGAAUGAUUCAGCAGGGCAGCAAUGUGACGUCGAGCCUCCCUGGAAUGAAACCAGUAACGCUCCAUUCUAUCUUCACUUGUUUUGUUCUCGUCACGGAGCCUCGCCGAUGUCUCACUCCUGACACCUGAUGUCAGACGUCUACCGCCUCCUUCGUCGUGUCUCUCCCGGCAGGAAGGAAGAGGACAUCGUUGUCCUCCAGGCCGCCAUUUCCGCAUUUUCACGCCAGAUGCUGCUUGGUGGCGACAGCUCCUUGUUUUCCUGAGUCGCAUUGUGGUCAUCUGAUGUCCGCCAGCGCCAUGCCCACCCCGGUCUCCAGGUUGCCCAAGUUCGGCUCGUGGUCCAAAAGUUCGAGCCCCACCCCCGCCGCGACCCCUUCACAUACUUUUCCCACCACCCGCAUUCCUAACGGCUUCUACCACCACCCCGGGCCAGCCGGGGGCAACGGCACCACCAUUGGACAGGCACCCUCAACAAGACGAAUCGGAUCAUUUCGCACACCUGGGAAAUAUUCCUCAAAAUUGAGGAAAGAUGACGAGGUGACAGAUGGGGACGAACAAGUUGAUCACAACGAUUCUUCCCACCGGGACACUCAUUUGAAAUCUGCUGCAGACACAUCACUUCCUGCUCAUAAAAAUGCACUUUCCGGACCUAAAACCGGACUUCCUGUUCCUAAAAACAGACUUCCCGUUUCCAAAUCGAAACUAACUGGGUCCAAACAAAACCUCAAUGGUCUUUCCGGAUCCAAACUGCGUCCGCCUCAGCAGUCCAUUCACUCUGUAGCUGCUUCGAGUUGUUGUACCGGUUCUGGAUUUGAUUCUUCACCACCGGCGGCACGCUCCCGCUCCACAGGCAACCUCGGUUCAGCGCAGCAUUCCCGCCUAACUAAAAGCAACGGGUUACGCUCAUGUGGCCUGGCGGUACGUGGUAGUGCGUCCCCCAACACUUAUGCCUCAUCUCCACUCCUUAAUACAAAAUUAAAUCUGAAACAGUCCAGUACUUCAGGUAUUCAAGCCAGAACAGUGAAGAAGUCUCUGCUACCGGCUCCUAAGACUAACGGUGUUAGUUAUAAGCUAUCGCGGCCAUCGGUCGCAAAACAGACCAGAACCAUCGGGGUGGAUGUUAGCCAAGCCAUACUUAAAACCACAGUGGAGACGCCGAUCUCCACAGGAAGCAGUCCAGAGCGCACGCCUGAUGCUCCCCAGUCGAAGAAGCCACCUUCCCAGGGAGAGCGUUCCAUCCCGGUUGAAAGCCUGGAGGACAUGUCCCUGUCAUCCGGCUCUUCCCUGGAUCACGACCGCACCAGUCAGGAGUACAUGGACGACUUUGACAACUUGGGAAACGGUGGCGUAGGCACCCUCCUCCUUGCCAAGAACGACGAAGACGACUCGGGCCUGGACCGAUCGUGCGCUGCGUUCUGUGACCGCGAGGUGGCAGGGAAUGGAGUUGCCGUUGAAACAGAACUCCAUUUUCUGGACGACACUUUAGACUGGACCCACGGGACUAUCACAGGUGAUGACGGACAGAACCAUCUGACUCAAUUCUCCCACCACAGCAGGUCCAGUCCAUCCGACUAUCAUGAGCAGGGCGGCUCAUCCUUGGAUUUGUCCCCCUCGGACAGCUACGGCUCCGGGGGCAUCUACAUGUGGGACGAGGAGGGUCUGGAGCCACUAGGGGGCGCCGGUUCACAACAAGCAGGGGAGUGCGGGCUCACUCCACAUGUUGGCAGCUUUGACUCUGAUGUCAACAGCAGUGACGCCCUAACCAAUGUGGACUCCUGUGAUUUAAAUGACGACGACCUCAUGCUGGAUGGAGACUUUCCCGAUGACAUUUCAACACACACUGAUGGAGAUGGGACGUCGCACAUGGCCGAGUGGAGGAGGAGGCAGCUCUGCUGGGGGACACAGGACGUCCACAGUGAUGACAGGGAGGCAGGAUACUGUGUGGGCAUGGACCGAGAACUCACGCUGGAUCUCUCGCCUCAUAGGACUACCGAUGCGAAAGUGGAUGACCUGGCAGAAGACUUUGGUGCCCUCCGGUCUCAGCUCGAACUCCUUCGUAGGUGUCUGCUGCAGGACGACGACACGGACGAUGACACUUUGACAACUGACACUCUCAGCCCUGAAGACGGUGACCAAUCACAGGUGGAGGCUCUCCUACAGGAAGUUCAGCAGCUCAAAGAGGAUCUGAGGAACAAAGACCAGAUCAUCUCGCAGCUCACCGUCCAGCUGGCUGUUGCCCCAGCAACCAGCAGGUGUCGCUGCUCAACAGAUAGGACUGAAAAGACUGAGCGACACACACAGACAAGUGCGGUGGCAGCGGGCGAGAGCGUCGCCUCGCAGACGCCCUGGAGAGACCGCACGACUUUCCCUCCCUCCGCCUUCCUCUCUCCACCCUGGCAGUACCAACGCUCCAGACCUUAUGGGGGAAGGCCCAAACCCAGCAUCCCCUCCCAUCUCGCUAGAAAAACCACAGGUAUUUCGUCCCUCCCCCCCGGAAGACCAGAACCGACUAGCCGACCGCCCAGCAAACAGAAGCUCCGUCUCCCACCCAGCUCAGCACAUCCAGCACCCCCCUGACCAGGCCCCCUCAAGGUCGCCGCGUCCGCCUUCUGAGCCCCGCCGCCUCCGACUCUUCCCGUGUGAGAACAUGUGAGCUGACCUCUUCCCAGCAUGCAAUAGGAGGCGGCGGGGGCUCGUGUAUCCUCUCGACUUGAACUCUGCUGGAAAGAAGUCUAUUUAAUAAGUUAUCUUAUUUAUUGAGCACUGUGACGCCGUUUUAUUAUUGUCAGCGCUUCGUUUUCGCAGCUUGUGCUCGUUGGUUCUGAAAAUAUGCAACGGAAUAAAAGACGUGCUGUCCCUUUAAGUGCCGCUCAGCCCGUUUGAACAUUUAUUCAAUAUCUUUGCGAUACAUCUUAAGAACCAUGUACUAGUACGCUUUUAUUCCUCACUACUUUCAUACUAGUUGGAUAACUACAUUGCACUAGGGCUAUCCUACAAGUGAAGCAAAUUAUAGAUAUUAAUCUGUAAAAUUCCUUAAACAGAAUAGCAAUUUUCCUUACUAGAGAAAUUUAGUUGUACUACCUCCAUGCAGAAAGUAGCCAUGUAGUAGCAGAUAGAAACGUCGGUUUAACUAGUUUACUGAACUCUCUAACUAGUGAGGACAAAGAGUGUACUACUACUUGAACUUAUGAAUAUCAAGGAUAUGGAAGUUUCACCAUUAGACUGAACAAAACAAAACAACAUUGAGUCUUCCUCGCACUUAAAGAACCACUGGAUGAUAUACGUCCUCUCGUCUAUUUCAUUCGGACAGAAGCGUCCCCUGCUGCCUUGACUGUGAAAAACCACAAUGCAGACCUCUGCCAAGGCCAAACAACCCAAAAUUAGAUUCACUAUUCACGCAUAAUAAACGUUCAUACAUACAAACCAAGCUCUGAAAAUAAUAACAGGCUUAUAUUCUCUCUGAUCUGUUGCAACAACCAUUAUUAAAAUUGCAAAAUAUGCACUGAA